AUGCGCGAUUUGUUUAUGACUUCGCGAGCUAACCGCGAUAUCGCCAGCAACAUACGACGAGGCUUGCGUGAAACACACGAAACUGUCGAAAACCAACAGGCAUUCGCUACACUCAACGCCAUCCAUUCAACUCGCCGCAGUAUUGGCGGCAUCGCGUGGCAUCGACGUGCGGCCACGUGUUACCGCGUGCGGGCGCGUGCGGGCGGCAUGGAGGCGCUGAAGCAGAAGGGCAACGAGGCGUUCAAGAAGGGGCAGUUCUCCGCCGCCGCGCUCGCCUACCGGCGCGCGCUCGAGGCCGCCGCGGAGAGCGGCGAGGCGCCGCGCGAGACGGCGUCGCUGCACAGCAACCUGUC